AUGGAUAGUAAUAUUAAAUUAGAAGAUGUUGCUGUCGAAUCAGACAGUUUUCACAUCUUGGAGGAAAACAAGAGCAAAUUCAGUGUUGUGGACCAGAACCAGGAUUUCGAAUCUAUGAGAGAGACCGUCGAUGACAACAUCAGUUUGAGUGCCGAUUCAGAAGCAAGAUCUACUACAGGAUCAGGAUCUGAGACAGAUAUGUUUCUGACUGAUGGUAGUAUCUCAAUAGAGGAGCUGUAUGAAUACGACAUUGAUCAGAACAUACGGAGAAGCAUCAGUUGGUCUGAGCUAAAUGAAACUUCAGGGUGGCAGGAUGACCUCCCGAGUAUAGAACUCGUGGAUAAACUUACCCACAGGUUCCAAAUCAGCUCUAAAAGGGAAAGGGUGGAGGUGCUAUCACGUGUUAUCCCUUCUAUGACGAGAGAUGAAAGAUCAACUUUUUUAGAGGGUUUUCUCCAAGAUGACAUGGCUGACUUCAAUAGCAUUCAGCUUCUACAGAAUUUCAUUUCGCCUGUAAAUCCUGAAAGUCUCAGAGAAAACAUAUCACGAGCAGACAAAUACAGGGAAGAAUAUGAAAG